AUGUCAGCUCCCGCCAGUAACCCCAACCCUCCCAAGAAACGCAAACUAUCUGUUAUCUCCUCCUCUGAUGCCGAGGAUGUAGAAGAAGCCUCCGUCGCAUCUAGACAAAUACCUAACGAGGAUCCCUUGUCAGAAGGACAAAACAGCAGCGCUGAUAGAGAAGGUCAGAAUGUUUCAGAGUUCUCACAGAUGCUCCAUCAGGAGGGCCAUGAGUCUACUAGGAAGCCUAACCGCCUGCAUACCCUCGGUCCCCUGGAUUCUAAGAGAAUGGGAUGGAAAACAGGUGCUGAAACCGGUUUGAACCUGUCUGGCUUGGCUGCAAACCACAAGAGGAAAAAGAUGGAUGUUGGUAAGCUUCUGGCCUUGAUCCAAGAGCGCCCCCAGCUCUGGGACACCCGGUGUGAUGAAUACCACGAUAAAAUGUUGAAGGUGCGUGGCUGGGAUGAGGUGACCCAGGAGAUGUUGGCCCGAGAGUGGGAGAAGGGCAAUUCUGCCAAACGCAGAAAAUUAGUCCAACGUGUGAAGACCCGCUGGCAGUCCUGCCGAGACCAGUACCGGCGGGAACGUGUGCACGGCCUUGGACGUAGUGGCGAGGGUGGCCGUCGGAAGAAGCCCUAUGUCUACACCCGGCAACUGAACUUCUUGAGGCCAGUGCUGGAUGUGAGGACCACUGUUGACAGCCUGGAGCCACAGAGGGAAACUGGCAACACCAGCAGUGAGUCGGACCAGGCAGCGUAUGGGCAGGACUCCCCUCGUCCUGGGGAGCAGGAGGUGGAACCUGUCCAGCAGCUGCCAGAUGAAGAGAGGGAGGAGUCCUCUGCUCUGGAAGGAGCAUCUAGAGCCCUUGAAUCCAGUCCCCAGCCCCGAAGGAGACAGCGACGCAGGAGAAGGGUGGCACCUCCGAACCCUGAUUCUGCCGCAAAUAGUCAGGCACAGGUACAGACUCAGGUGCUUGAGUAUUUGCGGCAGAGACAUUUAGAAGGGAGUGAGGAGAGGAUGCUAAGCGGGCUUGCUCAUCUUUUUAAAGAGCUGCCCGCAUAUAAGCAAACCCUCUUUGUGGAUAUAAUGACCUCGGUUUUGACAAUUUUCAAAACACCUUUGGAUCCACAUGAGGUUGUGUGUUGUGUGGAUAAUCUCAAAAACCGUGCUUUCAGGUUAUGCCCACAACCACAACCAGGGCACAGCAUGGUCCCUCAACAUGCUAGGCCCAGCUCAGCUUCACAGCCUCUUUUUUCCCAGGAGCAGCCAUUUAUGCCCCAUCAAAGUUUACCUGGCCCAGUCACCUACCCACCCCAAAGUCAUGUGGCUGCCCCUAAUCACCAGGGGCAAGGUCCUUUUACCCAGGAACUUUUCAACAUAUAA